GGCUGACGGAGUGGGCGAUGGCGGGGCCCAGGUUGGGAGCAUAGUCUGCAGCCCCUCACUAGGCGCGAGCGGCAGGGCCUGCACCAGAGCCCACCCCCACCCAGGACACUGCGGGAAGGCGAGGAGCCAGGGGAGAGGAGACCGAGGAGGAGGAGAGGUAACCCGAGAUGGAUCAGCUACUGGAGGUUGCCCUACGGCUGCCCUCGCUCUGCCUUCGGGCUGUCCUCUCCCCUGUUCCUGGGGCAGGGAGAUAGACCCCCCCUGCCUCGCCCCCAGAAAAUCUCUCCAGCAGCUGGAACCCAGUGUUGGGCAGCACCCGCUCUUGUCCGCAGAUGCCUACAUCGCUUCCAUUGGGGUGGUGAACAGAUGGUAUAUGCUUAUCGUUGAAGGCCCAACUCAACUGUCUCCUCCUCUGCAAAGCUUUAUGGACCCCUUGCAAAAUGAGCCACUGCGCGUUUCACAGGACUUAGUACGGCCAUUCGCUGGCUGUGUGACCUUGGGCUCAUCCAGUGAGGACUGGAAGCUGAGGGCUCUAGGCCCAGGCAUCAGAGUGGAGCAUGGCCCCUAGCCCAUGGGGCCGCGUAUGCGGCCUCUUGCUGCUGUUGCUGCUGCUGUCCCUGGGGGCUGGCCCUGCUGUGGGCCAGGGCCUUUCCAGGCCACAUGAGGACUCGGAACCACACCUGCUCCCAGGAGCCCACCCCAAGGGUCCUGUUGGUACAGAGCCUCAAGCCAUCGACUUCUUCUGGGAGAAGCCCAGAGAUGAGAGCCCCAGAUACUCCAACGUCCUCCCUGCUGAGAAAGUGCCUGAGCAGUUUGCAGACUCUCCCCUUGGCCCAGCCCUGCAUGGACCUAAAGCAGCCCAGGGGGCUCAGAGAGAUGGGCUCCCAGUAACUGAUGACCUCCAGAUGGCUCAAGGACCAAUUUCUCAGGGCUGGACAGGACCUCCUGACUUGCAAGAGCCUCUGGAGCAAGAAGCAGCUGUGCCCCAUCCAGUGGGCCCCCCCCAUCUCACUGUCAUCCCCACAACUCCCAGACUCCAAGCCACAGUUCCUCCCUCCCCAGGGGAGCCUACCGACCAAGUAGGACAACGACCACUUAGAGAUGAGGGCUUGGUGGUCCAAGCCAAGAACGGGGUCUCAGAGACAUCCCCCUCAGCUCGCCAGAAUCCUCCCCACACUCUUGUGCCCCACUGGGGCACUAUCAGGAAGCCAGUGCUAGAAGAACAGGGUGGGGGUAAGGAGGACUUCCAGGAGGCAGCGCAAGGCCCCCUCUUCAUGCAGCAAGAUCCAGCAACCCCUGAAGUUGGCUUAGUGUCCCCAGUUGAGGUGGCAUCCAAUCAGGAGCCUGCAUCCCAGCCAGACCUGGCAUUGGCCAGAAGCCUUCCCCCUGCCGAGGAGCUGCCAGUUGAGCCCCCCCAGAAGGCUGGAGAUAGGGAGACAUGGGCAGUCAGUUUUCCAAGUCCCUCACCUAAGCAAGUGGAGGUCCCUGACGUUCAGGGAUCACCAGGACCCCAGCCCUCAGGUCCCCCAGCCUCAGAGACUCCUGAUGGGCAGCCCAAACCAGAGAUAGCAGCAAUGAAUGGAGCAGAUCCCAUCUCUCCCCAGCGGGUGAGAGGAGCAGUGGAGGCCCCACGGACCCCCAAGUCCCUCAUCCCUGGCCCCUUGGACCCUGGCCCAACUACAAAUGGAACAGAGAGCCCUGUGGGGCCCCUGCAGCCAGAUGAAGCUGAGGAAUGGCCGGGGCGCCCCCAGAGUCAUCCCCCAGCACCCCCAGUCCAGGCCCCCUCGACAUCACGCCGGGGCCUCAUUCGGGUCACCACGCAGCGUGCCCUGGGCCAGCCACUCCCUCCGGAGCCCUCAGCCACCUCCAUGGCAUCAGCCCCAGCCUCCAGCCCCCCUGCCAACGCCACCGCACCGCCCCUGCGCUGGGGUCCGCUGCGGCGGGUGCUGAGCUUUUCCUGGGAGCUGCACGUCUAUGGGGUGGGGGUGCUCUUUCUGCUGCCUGCAUUGCUGGCACUGGCCUCUCUGGCAGCCGCCCCUGCGGGGCCCCGGCUGGCACUGGUGGCAGCAGUGCUGGUAUUCAUAGCAUCGGGGCUGCGAUCUGCCUACAUGCUCACAGACCCGUAUGGCUCGCAGGAGAGGCUGGGUUUACACGCGGGCCUGGUGCUCUACAAUCUGCCCUUCCCCUUGCUGCUCACUGCGCUGGCGGCUCUGACCCUGCUCGGCCUGGGUGCGGGGCUGCCACAGCAGCUGCAGAACCCGCUUCUGCUGGGAGCAGUGGCCUUGGUGCACGGCGUGGGGUUACUCGCUACUGACCUGCUAUGUGCGAGGCCGACACUCAACCUCCUGGCUCAGGGCUUCUCUUGCGCCUGGGGUGCGGCCGUGGCUCUGGGUACGCUCUGCCUGUGCCGUCGCCGCCUGCUUGACGGGCCGCGAGGCUGGGAUGCCAGCCCGGGCCCGCGGCUGCUGGCCGUGGCGGGCGCUCUGGGGCUGCUGGCCAGUGGCUUACAGCUGGCGGCCGCGCUCUGGCUGUACCCAGGCCCAGGCCGCGUGGGCCGCUUCUCCUGGGCUUGGUGGGGAGUCCACUUCUGGCUGCGCCUGCUGGAGCUGACAUGGGCACUCGCCCUGGCGCUGGCCGCUGUAGCCGCAGUGCGGCCCAGGCCGCCCACGGAGCAUGCGUGCUGGGCUAAGCUGCUGCGCCUGGCGUGCCCCGCGCCCUCCGGCAAGAGCGAGGUGCCUGAGCGACCCAACAAUUGCUAUGCGGGGCCCAGUGGCGUCGGCGUAGGCAGCUUGGACAUCAGCAAGAGCCUCAUCCGCAACCCCGCGGAGGGGGGCCCGCCUGCCACUCCCAGUUCAGGCGCCUGGGGCUCGGCUGCGUCGCUGGGCCGCGGUCCCCAGGGUGGCCCAGGACUGUCCGGCAACAGCGUGGGGCCGGCGCCGUCGAUGAGCGAGCUGGACCUGCGGCCGCCGUCUCCCAUUAACCUGAGCCGCAGCAUUGACGCCGCGCUCUUCCGAGAGCACUUGGUGCGAGACAGCGUCUUCCGGCGCUGCGGCCUGCGCGGUCUGGCCUCCCCACCGACUGGGGGCGCGCUGCGUCCGCGCCGGGGCAGCCACCCCGAUGCCGAGUUAGACGGCGCGGGCUCCUCGCUCCUCCGUGGCCGCUGCCGGUCGCUUAGCGACGUGCGCGUACACGGGCCGGUUCCACCACACAUAAUGGACGCGCCUGACCAGGCGGCUUCUGGCAGCUCGAUGGACAGCUUCUCCCGGGGCUCCCUCAAGAUCAGCUGGAACCCGUGGCGCCACGGGCUGUCGUCGGUGGACAGUCUGCCCCUAGAUGAGCUGCCCAGCACUGUGCAGCUACUGCCUGCCACAGCCCCUGCUCCCGCCCGGCCCGGGGAACCCCCGAGUGAGGUCCAUCCUCACUGCAAGCCUGGUGACUCCCGCAGCGCCUCCAGUGACACCAUUGAGCUCUGAGCUGACUCCACACUGCUGCAGGACCAGGGCCCCACAAUCGGUGGUCCAAAGGCACGGCCGACUGGGACUGUUGAGUAUUUAAAAAACUCAUUCCCGGACCUCAACCUGACUCUAGCCUCCAGAGACAGCCGGAGUACUCGAACCCACCCACCCCCAAUUUUUUGUUUAAAUAUUUUUUUCCAACGGGUGUUUUGCACAGAGGCUGUGACUUAAGCGGAAUACAGGGUGGACAUGCAUGGAUUUAAGUAUGGCGGAUGGGGUCCAGGUGCCCCAAAUACCCCUCCAGACUCCCCAAUGUGGAGGGUUGAGUGAGGCUCGCUUGUGCAGAUUGACUGUCCUCUUUGUGCCAAAGAAAUAAACCCUUAGGACUUGGCUUAUGCCUCCCUCUGGCCAUGACAGGAUCCUGUUCAGAGACGUAGGAGUGCCCCUUCCCCACCAAAAAAUAAUUCCAAGUCCUGUGUGUGGGGGGCAUGGGAGGACUUGCAAAGGAAAGGGCACUGGACCCUCAGCACCUUUAGAAAUAAUGGCUACCAGUAUUUUAUUGACCAUCUUUUUUUUUUGUGCACUGUCUUCUGCUCUUCACAUUCGUCACAUUUAAUUCUCAUGGUAAGCCUGAGUGAAAAGCAUUAUCAUGCCCAUUUCAUAGAUGAGGAAAACAAAGUUCAGAGACAAAAGUCAUUUAUCCAGGGUCUUUGGCCCAAAUGAUAGCUGGUACUGAACCCAAAAAGUUCCACUCCUAAGGCUGGUUCCUCCAUCCUCCUUCUCCUAACACUACUUCAGC